AUGCCUUCAACAUCAGCACGAUUGGGAAUAAAUUACAGACUCAAUUCUACACUAUCGUGGGCUGAUGAAGAUGAAGUUUAUGAGCCCCCCAACAGAGAGAUAAUGCAAGUACCUCAGAAAUGGUCUACAUAUGAUUAUGAUUUGAAGGAAGAAAUAGUUGAGUAUUUAGAAUGGAAGCAGGAGGAUCGUUGGCACGAAAUGAGUAUACCUGAACGCCGCGCGGCUUAUUAUAUUUCCUUUGGUGAAUGGGGCCCCCGUUACACAGGGCAGACGAAAUAUGAUACCUCAUAUGUCAUGUUAAGAGGACUAUUCAAUUUGAUACUAUUUUCCAGUGCAGGUAUGGCGUUCUAUAAUUUAAAGAAAGAUAAGGAGAUGAAGAAGAAAAUUGCUGACCUUGACACAUGA